AUGUCUGAGCAUCGGUCGCCUCCACCUCCAACAUCGUCAAGGAGCGCACCAGACGACCGCAACAAUUACCAAUUUCGUAAUAGCGCUUUCAACAAAUACCGGAAGUUUAAACAACCUUGCCUGAAGUUUGGAUCCAUAUACGGCUGUCCUUACGGGGACAAGUGUCACUACUCGCACGAAUUCCAAGCAAUCUACCCUGCUUAUCACGAAAUAUUUGGUUAUUAUGAUCCAUUUUGGUCGAACGUCUACGCCAUGUCUCGACAGACGCAUCAAAAUUACUUGCAACGACCUAUUUCACGUGUUGUUAAGAACCCCUCGAUGUCCGAAAGCAAAUCAGUACGGCAUUCAUCCUCGUCAUUUUCUCCGUCGAAAGACGAACGAACAAAUUCCUUUGUCAAUCAUUGGAAUAAAGACUCUCAGCCUGAAGAUAUUCGUGUUCGACGUGAAAACCUUGAAUUGAAGGAAGCUGUCUUCAAGCAAAUCAAGUUAAAAAAAUCAGACCGUUAUCAACGCGAGUCAGCUGAAUUAAACAUUACAGACGAGCAUGGAUAUUCCGAUGACAACAAUUACAAUAACUUUCAAGAAUCUGAUGGGGAAGGUAACAAAGGUGACGCAAAACAUCAGGCACAACAGACUGAGCAACCCAUGAGUACCUUUCCGCGUAAGUGUGCAGCUAACGACGGAAUAUUAAACCCCGCUACUGGACGUGACCAACAGCAGCCUCGAAUUCGAUCUUAUCCGUGUCAGUUCAGUUUGAACGCGUCGCAACAAGUACAGACACUGGGUCCGUCAUACACCCAACACCUAGCAGAGGAACAAUUUUACAGUAGUAACCUUAGUGGACAAGUUGAAGCAUGCAUCGAUUCUAUUGACGCUGCGCUAGUGUCGAUGGAAAAACAUCAACAACGGGCUAUCUCCUCCAUGCAAGAGUUGGUGCGGUCCCUGUGGCCUGAUGCUUUCAUUGAAAUUUACGGAUCGAGUUACACACGGCUUGCAUUGCCAUCAAGUGACAUCGACUGUGUGCUGGUUGCGAACUCUUUAGCAGAAGAGCAGCCUCUUGUUAUUUUGGAAGCACUGGCGGCUGAAGUUGAGCGCCAACCAUGGACAAAAUACAUUGAGCAAGAUGUGCUGCUCGAUCUAACAUGUGGUCAUUCGGUUGGUCACACUGGACUGGGCGCUCGAGAUCUUGUUUGUUCGAUGUUGUUGAAGAUGCCAGCUUUGCGUCCUCUGGUGCUAAUUUUAAAAAGCCAUCUCGUCAGCAUAAGUUUAAAUUGCGCUUUCUCGGGUGGCCUCUCAUCAUACGUGUUAGUGCUCCUAGUGAUUCGCUUUUUGCAGGCGUGCGGCGAUACCCACACGAGAUCGUAUUCGAGAUAUGCAGACGGGAGAUUUCAAAUUGGGAAUCGCCGAAGAAGUUACUCGGAAAAUGAAUGCGUGUCAGGAUUACCGGAAGAGUUCGUCCCUACUUCAAGUCUCAGGUUUUCAUUGACAGUUGCCAAACCAAGGUGGUGCUACACGUUUUCCCGUGGUGGGGGCGUAACAUGGCACACAAGUAUCGGCAGUCUCCUAAUGCUCUUUUUGGAAACAUACAUUACCUUUGACUACCGUCGGUUCGGAAUUUCCAUCGAAAACAAAGGAGUUUUUUUUGUGCUCCCUCCAGAUAAAGUAGCACCGUUGCAAUGCUCGGUUGUGGUCCCGUAUGUUGCAGAUCCAAUGAAGCCUGGACGAAGCAUUUGCAACUGUUUUCGCAUGCACGAGGUAAUUCAGUCGUGGCUUGCACUGUACCAAAAUCUGGCUGCUGGUGUUCCAAUUGCAACGUGUAUCGGACAAGAUGCAUCUCCGUGA